AUCUUUUUUUCCUGUUGAAUGAUAGCCGUGUUUGCUAGUCGUGGCAGUGGAGAUUUUUAAUUAAUAAAAAGUUAAUCCUUUUCAAUUUACAACUAACGGUAGUACUAUUCACGUGUAUCCUUCGAAAAACGUUUAAUAAUCAUGCCAACCGUUGGUGUCAAACGAGAUCUCCUGUUCAAGGCAUUGGGCAAAACGUACACUGACGAUGAAUUCCAAAAGCUUUGCUUCGAGUACGGCCUGGAACUUGACGAGGUGACCACCGAGAAGCAGAUGAUCACCAAAGAGCAAGGAGAGGUAGAAGCAGCGAAGGAUGCUUCUGAGGAUGUUAUCUACCGGAUCGACAUACCGGCGAAUAGAUACGACCUGCUCUGUCUGGAAGGAUUGGUUCUGGGGUUGCAGGUUUUCCUGGGAAAGAUGACCUUUCCACAGUUUCAAAAGGUGGCUCCUGAAACAGGAAAAGUUCAAAAACUGAUUAUCACGGAAGCAACCAAGCAAAUUCGUCCCUUCGCAGUAGCUGCUGUGCUAAAGAAUGUCACUUUCACAAAAGAUUCCUAUAAUAGUUUCAUUGACCUGCAGGACAAACUGCAUCAGAACAUUUGUCGCAAGCGGGCUUUGGUCGCGAUUGGAACUCAUGAUUUAGACACCUUGCAGGGACCAUUCACAUUUGAUGCCAAAGCUCCGAAGGACAUAAAAUUUGCGCCAUUGAAUCAGGAAAAAGCUAUGAAUGGGGUAGAGCUGAUGGAAUUUUACUCUACCCAUGCUCAGCUGAAAGCAUAUUUGCCCAUUAUUAGAGAUUCGCCGGUUUACCCUGUCAUUUAUGAUGCUAAUGGGGUGGUCCUUUCACUUCCUCCGAUUAUCAAUGGAGACCAUUCGAAGAUUAAGGUAGAGACAAAAAACGUUUUCAUCGAGUGCACGGCAACAGAUUUGACCAAAGCUAAGGUAGUGCUGGAUACGCUGGUUUGUAUGUUUUCCACGUACAGCGACAAACCUUUCACGGUAGAAUUUUGCGAGGUGGUUAACCCGGUUGGGGAAACCGUUCAGUAUCCAGAUUUGGCUUUCAGGAAGGAAUUUAUUUCCGUUGACGCUGCCAACGCUUACAUUGGUAUAAACGAAAGUCCAGAAUCGAUGGCAAAAAUGCUCAAUCGUUUGCUGCCGACCACACAGAACGCUACAGACAAGGACCGGCUGGAUGUUUUGAUCCCUCCGACCCGUCAUGACAUGCUGCAUGCAUGUGAUAUCUACGAGGACGUGGCAAUUGCCUAUGGUUACAAUCGGAUUCCGAAAACACUUCCAGGAACAAUGCAAAUUGCCAGGCAGUAUCCAAUCAAUAAACUCACGGAGCAACUUCGCGAACAGAUUGCCCAAGCCGGUUUUACCGAAGGUCUUACCUUUACGCUCUGCUCACGAGAUGACAUUGCUAGCAAACUAAACCGGAAAAUCGAAGAUAUCCCGGCGGUGCACAUCGCCAACCCGAAAACUCUCGAGUUUCAAGUCGUUCGCACUACUUUGAUUCCCGGUCUGCUGAAAACGCUAUCCGCCAAUCGGAAGAUGCCUCUCCCGCUGAAACUAUUCGAAGUGUCCGAUGUGGUUCUGGCGGAUGCCACCGCGGAAGUUGGCGCACGCAAUGAACGACGCGUUUGUGCCGUUAAUUGUAACAAAACUGCCGGCUUCGAGGUGGUGCACGGUUUGUUGGAUCGUGUUAUGCAUCUGCUUGAGGUACCGUGGGACAAAGAAAAGGGGUACUAUCUAAAGGCGGCGGAGGAUGCGGCCUAUUUCCCCGGUCGGUGUGCUUCCAUUGUGUACAAAGGUGCGGAGAUUGGGAAAAUUGGUGUGCUACAUCCGACGGUGCUGCACGCAUUUGAGCUGACCACUCCCUGUUCCGUGGUGGAAUUUAAUAUGGAGUAUUUCGUGUGAGACGUCGGUAGGAAUUCUGAACAGUUUCCGCGUAUGCGAUUGUAUUGAAUAAUACAGACAGCGGUACAUGCUGGGAAGCCA